AUGCGGCGGUGAGCGCGGCGGGGCCGGGCGCCACCGCGAUGCUCCGCCGCAGCCUCAGCCGCCUGUGUGCUGGGGAGGAGAAGCGGGUGGGCACGCGCACCGUGCUGGUCGGGCACCGGCCCGUGGCGGACACCGAGGCGUACGUGGCGCAGAAGUUCUGUGACAACAGGAUCGUCUCCUCCAAGUACACCCUCUGGAACUUCCUCCCCAAGAACCUUUUCGAGCAGUUUCGAAGAAUUGCCAACUUCUACUUCCUCAUCAUCUUCCUCGUGCAGGUGAUAGUGGACACCCCAACCAGCCCGGUGACCAGUGGCCUCCCGCUCUUCUUCGUCAUCACUGUCACAGCUAUCAAACAGGGGUACGAGGACUGGCUGAGGCACAGAGCUGACAACGAGGUGAACAAAAGCAACGUCUUUGUCGUGGAAAACGCGAAGCAAGUGCGGAAAGAGAGUGAAAAAAUCAAGGUUGGAGACAUCGUGGAAGUGAAAGCAGAUGAGACCUUCCCCUGUGAUUUGAUAUUUCUGGCCUCCAGCAGCACUGAUGGCACCUGCUAUGUCACCACAGCCAGCCUGGACGGCGAGUCCAACUUCAAGACCCACUACGCCGUGCGGGACACCACCGUGCUCUGCACCGACGAAGCCAUCGACGCCCUCACGGCCACCAUCGAGUGUGAGCAGCCCCAGCCCGACCUCUACAAAUUUGUUGGAAGGAUUAUCAUCUAUGGGAGUAACCAAGAGCCUGUAGCCAGGUCUUUGGGUCCUGAAAACCUGUUGUUGAAAGGUGCUACCCUCAAAAAUACCAAGAAGAUUUACGGAGUUGCAGUCUAUACUGGCAUGGAAACAAAAAUGGCUCUCAACUACCAAGGGAAAUCUCAGAAACGCUCUGCAGUAGAGAAAUCCAUCAACGCUUUCUUGAUAGUGUAUUUAUGCAUCUUAUUGGGCAAGGCCACUGUGUGCACGACUCUGAAAUAUGUCUGGCAGAGUAAUCCAUUUAAUGAUGAGCCUUGGUACAACGAGAAGACUAAAAAAGAGAGAGACACGUUCAAGGUGCUGCGGAUGUUCACGGAUUUCCUGUCCUUCAUGGUCCUCUUCAAUUUCAUCAUCCCCGUCUCCAUGUACGUUACAGUGGAGAUGCAGAAGUUCCUGGGCUCCUUCUUCAUCUCCUGGGACAAGGAGAUGUACGAUGAGGAGAUCCAGGAGGGAGCGCUGGUGAACACCUCGGACCUGAACGAGGAGCUGGGGCAGGUGGAGUACGUGUUCACUGACAAGACGGGCACGCUGACAGAGAACAGCAUGGAGUUCAUCGAGUGCUGCAUCGACGGGCACAAGUACAAGGACUGCAUGGCAGAGGUGGAUGGCUUCUCCCAGCCGGAUGGGCCCCUCAAGUACUAUGGCAAGGCUGAGAAGAGCCGUGAGGAGCUGUUCCUGAGAGCCCUGUGCCUGUGCCACACGGUCCAGAUCAAGGAGGCGGACCAGGUGGACGGGCUGGUGGCACACCCAGAGCGCAAAUACACCUACAUCUCCUCCUCCCCAGAUGAGAUCGCUCUGGUCAAAGGCGCGGAAAAGUAUGGUUUCACUUUUCUAGGACUUGAAAACAAUUUCAUGAAAAUCCGAAACCAAAAGAAUGAAACUGAGAUGUACCAACUUCUGCACGUGCUGAACUUUGAUCCUGUCCGGCGGCGCAUGAGUGUCAUUGUGAGAACCAGCACAGGAAAGUUGCUCCUCUUCUGCAAAGGAGCAGACUCCUCCAUUUUUCCGAGGGUGCAGCAAGAAGAAAUCCAGCAAACAAAAGUCCACGUGGACCGCAAUGCCAUGGAUGGCUACCGAACGCUCUGCGUGGCCUUCAAGGAGCUGACUGAGAAGGAGUAUGACAGGAUUGACAGGCAGCUCAAUGAGGCCAAGAUGGCUCUGCAGGACAGGGAGGAGAAGAUGGCCAAGGUUUUUGAUGACACAGAGGCAGACAUGCACCUGAUUGGGGCCACAGCUGUGGAGGACAGGCUGCAGGAGCAGCUGGCAGAGACCAUCGAGGCCCUGCACGCCGCUGGCAUGAAGGUCUGGGUGCUGACAGGGGACAAGAUGGAGACGGCCAAGUCCACGUGCUACGCCUGCAGGCUGUUCCAGACCGGCACGGAGCUGCUGGAGCUGACGGCCAGGACGGUGGGCGAGGGCGACAGGAAGGAGGAUCGGCUCCAUGAGCUGCUGCUGGAGUACCACAAAAAGCUCAUCCAGGACCUGCCCAAAAACAGGGCCGGCCUCAAGAGAAGCUGGACGUUGAGUCAGGAGUAUGGACUGAUCAUAGAUGGCUCCACGCUGUCGCUGAUACUCAACCCCUCUCAGGACUGUGGCUCCAGCAAUUACAAAAGCAUCUUCCUGCAGAUCUGCCUGAAGUGCACUGCAGUGCUCUGCUGCCGGAUGGCUCCCCUGCAGAAAGCACAGAUUGUGCGAAUGGUGAAGAACACGAAAGGAAGCCCGAUAACCCUGUCCAUAGGGGAUGGUGCAAAUGAUGUCAGCAUGAUUCUGGAAGCACAUGUUGGGAUAGGGAUCAAGGGCAAGGAAGGACGCCAGGCCUCCAGGAACAGCGACUACGCUGUGCCAAAGUUUAAACACUUGCGAAAACUGCUACUAGCACACGGGCAUUUAUAUUAUGUGAGAAUAGCACACCUUGUACAGUAUUUCUUCUAUAAGAACCUUUGCUUCAUUUUACCACAGUUUUUAUACCAGUUCUUUUGUGGAUUCUCACAGCAGCCGCUGUAUGAUGCUGCUUACCUGACCAUGUACAACAUCUGCUUCACGUCGCUGCCCAUCCUGGCUUACAGCCUGCUGGAGCAGCACAUCAGCAUUGACACCCUGACCUCGGACCCCCAGCUCUACAUGAAGGUGUCAGACAAUGCCAUGCUGCAGUGGAGGCCCUUCCUGUACUGGACCUUCCUGGGCGCCUUUGAAGGACUCGUGUUUUUCUUUGGGGUUUAUUUUCUUUUCCAAAACUCCUCCUUGGAAGACAACGGAAAGGUGUUUGGGAACUGGACCUUUGGGACGAUUGUCUUCACCGUGCUGGUGUUCACCGUCACCCUCAAGCUAGCGUUAGAUACCCGAUUCUGGACGUGGAUGAACCACUUUGUGAUUUGGGGCUCCCUUGCUUUCUAUGUGUUUUUCUCAUUCUUUUGGGGAGGAGUCAUUUGGCCUUUCUUGAAGCAGCAAAGAAUGUAUUUUGUAUUUGCUCAUAUGCUGACUUCUGUUUCCACAUGGCUGGCAAUAAUUCUCCUGAUCUUUAUCAGCCUUUUCCCAGAAAUUCUUCUAAUAGUUUUAAAAAAUAUAAAAGAGAAAAAUCAUCAGGCUGGCCCCUUUGAUCUGCCUGUGUUAGUGUCAUACAAACGUAUAGAGAAUGGUUAUGUGAAGGCUGAAGAUGCUGUUACUAAUCUGGCAGAAAGAUAUCCUCUCAGGAUACCUUAAAGUGCUCCACACAAACGUUGUCGUGCUGUAGGAACCCGUGGUUUUAACCUGGCAGUGACCUUUGAUGGCACCAAGGACUGCGAGCAGCCUGCUGGGAGAGCAGCCAGGGCACUGGCCCCACGUCAGGCUUCGGUCUUGAGGCUUCCCUGCCCUCCCAAAAAAACCAGUUCUGCCAAAUCCUGCAUCGUUGGAGCUGGGACAGCAUCGUUAGGAGCUCACCCCAGCAGCAUGGAUCGAAUGCAGGAGGGCAGUGCCAGCCCCAUCACACACAGCGCUGUGUGCCCGCUGCGGAUGUGCCCAGAGCAGCAGGGCUGCUCACGCUCCUGCUCUGCCUGACCAAAGAAGUAGCACAGACUCCAACGCAGUGACAUUCCCCUGCAGCCCUGAAGGCACCGGGACGAGGCUGCUGCCCUCAGAAGGUGGAUGCAGCCC